AUGAGUUACAGUAGGUCUCUAGAAGAGGAGGAAACAAGCUUUGAUUGGGACUCCUUGCGUUCCAGUCGCUACUAUCCACAUGAAAGUGAAAGCUCGAGUAUGACGACAAGUGUCACUAUCCGUGUCACUCCAGAACACUACUAUCUGGUGUCAUGGUCAAUUUUAUGGGGUGGAUUCUUGUUGGCCAUUUUGGCGGCAUCAAUACAAGUGCACAUUGAGAAUGAGUGGUUGCAUACAAGACGACAAGAUAUUGAACAAGGCAAUCCGUCAGGCGAUGAACAAGCGAUCAGUAGCGCUGAUGUCUCAAGAAGUCGGUUUCGGCGGCUCCUGCUGCUAGCGUUAGUUACGCGUGCAGUUAUGAUGCCCAUUCACAUCUGGCGGGACCCUCUUUGGGUUCAAUUUAUUGCAGACACCUUACCUCAAAUGGCCUUUGCCUCGGCCUGGACGUUGCUGGUUAGCUUCUUUGUCCAACUGGUAGGAGUGGCUCAGGGAACGGCAACCUCUGCCUCCCCUGGAAUUGUUGCGAUUCAACUGACAGCUUGUGUGGUCUACGUAUCGCUGGUGGUCACUUUCUUUUUCAAUGUCAUUGCCGCUGUUUUGAUGUAUGCGUUGUUUUGCUGCAUGUACUCUGCACUUUUUGGAACGACCAUGUACUUUUGUCCGAAGCUUUUGACUUUACUUCGACCGAGUCUCUCUCAACAUUCAGGAUUGGCCAUUCGGCUGGCAUUUUGCAGCGUCCUGUGCCUUUUUGUCUUUGGUUUUUCCACCUUUGGCUUUGCCCGUAAGGUGGUAGCGCCGCCGCAUCAAAUCUUAUGGUGGUGGAAUUAUGGCUUCCUAGAAUUGAUUCCCUCCGUUUUGUUUUUGAUAAUGAUGCGACCGAACUCCAAUCGUUCGCCAGACAGCGGAGCUGCAGCUCCGGAUGCCAACCCUCCGGCAGCGAUAGGAAGGCGUGGUAGGGGAGCUGAUACUGUUCCUUUUAUCAACAAAUCCCCUGCUGCAACUGGAGGCUAUGGAAGCGUCCAAAGGACAUGA